AUGUCUUCGUCAUUCAUAUCUUCUCCAAAUAUUUCUUUCUUUUAUUCACUCUGGACGUUUCAUUUAUUAAUUUCUUUAUAUGCUUCUUUUUCUUUUCCUUCCGUUCUCUUAUAUGUUUUGUUAAAUUUUAUCUUUAUUUUCCUUCCUUCUUUUUCUGUUUUUUGUCUUUUGUUUUUGGAGCUCCGUUCCUGCACUUCUUUCUUUCUUUGUUUUUAUCUUUUUCUUUCUUUGUUUUUUUUAUCUUUGUUUUCUUGUCGUUGUUCGUUUUUCUUUACAUUUUCUUUCUUUCUUUUCUAUUUCGCUUUUUCGUUCGUUCGUCUCUUCCUUCUUUAUAUUUUUUGCAAAUUUCUUCUUCAUUCACAUUAUUCUUUUUCAUCGCAUUCGUUUAUAAUUAUUCUCAUUUCUUUCUUUGAUUGCUUUUCGUUCUAUGACGUUCGUGUUUCUUUCAUUUUUAAUUUAUUUUUCCCUCUCUACCUCCCUCCUAGCCUUUCUUUCUUUCUUUCUUUCUUUCUUUGCGUUGAUAUUUUAUUUCUUUCCUCUUGUCUCCCUUUCUUUCUUUUGUUCGCUCGUUCCAUAUUUUUAAAUUAUUUUUCUCAUUCCUCAGAUUUUUCUUUCAUUAACUGCUCCUCCUUUUCUUCUUCUUUUUUCCUUUUUCUUCUUUGUUUUUUCUUUCCUUGUUAUAUUUUUCUACUUUUUGUCUGUUUCUUUCUUUUAUUUCUUUCUUUUAUUAAUUUUUCUUUCUUUCAAUUUCUAAAUCUUUUUCUUUGUUUCAUAAAUUUUCCCCAUUUUUUUUCUUAUGUUUCGAUAUUUUUAUGUUUCAUUCAUUCUUUUAUUUUAUUCCAUUUUUCUGUUUGUCUGUUUCUUUAUUUCUUUUAUUUUCUAAUUCUUUUUUUUCAUACAUUUUUUAAAUUAUUUCUAAGAGAUAAUUCUUAUAAUUUCUUUUUCUUCUUUGUUGACUGGCACAUGUUUGUUUCUUUAUUUCCGUACAGCUUGUACUUCCCCUUCCUGUUCUUUCCUAUUUCUUAUUCUUUUCUAUUCCUGCUUGUUCUUGUUCCUCCUCUUCUUUCUUAUUUCAUCUUUUCUUUUUUUGCUUUUUCUUCUUCCUGUUCUAUCCCAUUUCUUUUUUUUUUCAAUUCUUGCUUCUUCUUCCUUUUUCCUAUUUCUUCUUCUUCAUUUUCUUUUCCACUAAUCUUGCUUUUUAUUUUUAUUAUAAAUUUUCUACGUUUUCGAAGAUUUUGCAAACUUUUCGCACAUCUGACAUAA